AUGACCGUCACCUCAAAACCCUCCACAAACCGGACUAAGGACCACUCUCUCCCUCAACUACUGCCUUCGCCUUCUGUAGAGAAAUUUCCGGCAAUCUCCAAUCCAACGAUGAGUUUAUCCAGAGACCUGGCUCCGCCUUCCGGGCUCAAUCGCCUACCACCUCCACUAACAAUGUCGACUCCCAUACCUCCGCUACCAGCUGGAUGGGAAGGCACAGAGCACAUGAUUACUUGGCUGAAGGCCAAAAUGGAAGAAGACCGGCGCAGGCUGCAAGAAGGAAAAACACAGGAGGCUAAUUUGAUACUGGAACGGCGGCGCAUCGAGCAGUCAAUGUUGUCGGAUGCUUUGAAUGGUGGUGUCUCACCGAACUUGAUCCCAACCAUCUUCAGCCACUUUUAUACCACCAGUCUCAAUCCUCAACUGGCUGCUGAACCAAAGGAACAGUCUGCAACGGCUUCCAGAUCUGCUGCGCCUCCUGUGAUCCCCCAACAACAAAGUAAUCAGGGCCCUGCGCCGCCUGAAAAGCUCCCAGUUACACCACAACGGCCUCGGCGGGAUCUUAAACAACCUUCUCGAGCACAAGCCAGUGGAGUGCUACCGAUGACCACAAAGUCUCUGCCGGGAACACCCCACUCGCAGUGGGAUGAAGAAAUAUCUAGUGAACAUCGAGAGCAACUGAUAGACUCUCAACGAGAGGAGCUGAAGCGCAUGCUAAAAUCCCAGAACAAAGAGUGCGCUGACAUGAAGUUGUUGGAUACAGCCUUUGAUCACACCUUUCCUAUUAUGAGCUCUAUGCUCCCGGCCCAGUCCCCUCGGAAUCACGCUGGUCCUCCCAAUAAGGCUUCUGGAACACGGAGAAAACGGCAGCAAGCCCCUCAGGAAGCUCAACCCAGGUCUACACAAGAAUCAGGGCCACAAUCCCAGGCACAACAAGGUCAAACAAAAAUGCCGCCGAGCAAUCCUAUCAGUGUUUCCAAUGGCCUAUCUCAUUUUCGCCCGGAGCAAACAAACUCCCCUAGGGCAAAGCGAAAGGACCAGAGAUCGCACGAGAAACUCCCUCCACCUCGAUUUCGCCGAAAUGAGACAGUUUCCGAUCAACCAGACGCAUUCGAUGAAUCGCAGCUUGAUCAGAAGCAACAGCAGCGCGAUGUAUCCAGCUUCCAUGAGUACCGUACUUGUAAGGGUAGUUCGUCCGAGCAAACAUCGGACUCAACCUCGGAUACAGUAGGAAGAUCCAGUGCAACUUCAGCUGAAGAGCUUCAGAAACAAUCUGCUCAUCGCCAGAGCUCAUCAGAUACUGUCGAUGCAUCACAUUCCCUGCAAGACAUGGUUACAGUCAUCAAAUUAGAGCGAGACUGA